CAACGCCGUCACCCGCCAUCCGCACCCCAGACAACACCCUCCCACACGCCCGCCCGUACCCCCUCGCGAUUGCCGGACCCGCACCGGCCUCUUGUCGCCUGUUCCCGCGCACCUGCACCGCUAUCGAAGCCCCCCCAGUCGCCGCCUGAAGCGCAAACAUGCCCUCCGCCACGGGGUCCAGCUGGGAGAAGUACCAGAAGAACUUCGCCGACGACGAGGUUGAGGAGAAGAAGAUCACACCUCUCACCGAUGAGGACAUCCAGGUGCUGAAGACGUACGGCGCGGCUCCGUACGGCGCAGAGCUAAAGAAGCUCGAGAAGGAGAUCAAGGACAAGCAGCAGACGAUAAACGAGAAGAUUGAUACCGGCCUUGCCCCUCCACAUCUCUGGGAUAUCGCCGCCGACCGGCAACGCAUGCAAGAAGAACAACCCCUCCAGGUCGCCCGCUGCACCAAGAUAAUACAGGACGAGAAGGACCCGGAGAAGAGCAAAUAUGUCAUCAACGUCAAGCAGAUUGCCAAGUUCGUCGUCAACCUCGGCGAGCGGGUGUCGCCGACGGACAUUGAAGAGGGCAUGCGCGUCGGUGUGGAUAGGAACAAAUACCAGAUCCUCCUGCCGCUCCCGCCAAAGAUCGACCCCUCGGUGACCAUGAUGACGGUCGAGGACAAGCCCGACGUCACCUACGGCGACGUGGGAGGCUGCAAAGAGCAGAUCGAGAAGCUACGAGAAGUCGUCGAGAUGCCCCUCCUCUCUCCCGAACGCUUCGUCAACCUCGGUAUCGACCCUCCCAAGGGUGCCCUCCUCUACGGUCCCCCCGGAACCGGAAAGACGCUCUGCGCUCGAGCCGUCGCGAACCGAACAGACGCUACCUUUAUAAGAGUUAUUGGCUCCGAGCUUGUACAAAAAUACGUGGGUGAGGGCGCACGAAUGGUCCGGGAGCUCUUCGAGAUGGCGCGGACAAAGAAGGCAUGUAUCAUCUUCUUCGACGAGGUCGAUGCCAUAGGAGGUGCACGUUUCGACGACGGCGCAGGAGGCGACAACGAAGUCCAGCGAACCAUGUUGGAGCUCAUCACCCAGCUCGACGGCUUCGACUCCCGCGGAAACAUCAAGGUCAUGUUCGCCACCAACAGGCCGUCGACGCUCGACCCCGCCCUCAUGCGUCCCGGUCGUAUCGACAGAAAGAUUGAGUUCUCGCUACCAGACAUGGAGGGCCGUGCCAACAUUCUCCGCAUCCACGCAAAGAGCAUGAGCGUAGAGCGCGACAUUCGUUGGGAGCUUAUCUCCCGGUUAUGCCCGAACAGCACGGGUGCCGAGCUGAGAAGUGUAGCCACCGAGGCCGGCAUGUUCGCUAUUCGUGCGAGGAGGAAGGUCGCGACGGAGAAGGACUUCCUGGCUGCCGUUGACAAGGUCAUCAAGGGCAACUUGAAGUUCAACUCCACGGCCACGUACAUGCAGUACAACUAGACGGCGGGAGAAGGGGACGAGGGAGUUGAAAGCACCUUGGAUCGGAGCGGCUGUAAAGCUGCGCCUGUACGAGUAUUCUUGGGCCAUGACUAUAUAGACGCCGUGCUCUGCGCGUAAUGCAAGUAGUCUGAUAUGAAGUCGGGGUUUGAACACGG